UGGAUGGGCGCUCUUAUUCUCCAAUAGUAUACAAGAGUUUUUCAUUUCAUUGGAGUGUAAACAAUUCGGAGGAAUUUGCUUUUCAGUCGUUUCAAGAAUUUCGAGGUCCUUGGUGUACUUGAGAAGAAUUUUUAGUGAAUUUGCAGUCUGUGAAGUUUUAGUGUGUGGAGGUUUUAGUGUGUGUCAGUUGGAAAGAUCCAGAAAAGGAGGAUGCCUGCAGUAGGGUUUGUGGCUCCUGGAGGAGUGGAGUUCGAGGCGCGGAUAACGCCUUAUGUGAUCAUAACAUGUAUCAUGGCAGCAAGUGGAGGCCUCAUGUUUGGCUACGAUAUUGGAAUUUCUGGCGGAGUGACUUCUAUGAACGAUUUUCUGGAGAAAUUUUUCCCUGUUGUGUAUCGGAAAAAGAAUGAGAUCCAAGAGAACAAUCCUUACUGUAAAUAUGACAAUCAGGGGCUUCAGCUGUUCACUUCGUCUCUGUAUCUGGCCGGUCUGAUAGCGACAUUCUUUGCGUCGUAUACGACCAGAGUAUGGGGUCGGAAGCCGACCAUGCUUAUUGCAGGUAUAUUUUUCCUGAUUGGAGUAGUGCUGAACGCGGCAGCUCAUGACCUCGCCAUGCUUAUCAUUGGCAGAAUUAUGCUGGGAUGCGGAGUUGGAUUUGCUAACCAGGCGGUUCCUCUUUUCCUCUCAGAGAUAGCACCGACGAGAAUCAGAGGGGGUCUUAAUAUUCUCUUCCAGUUGAAUGUUACCAUAGGCAUUCUUUUUGCUAACUUGGUGAACUACGGAACAGAGAAAAUCACGCCUUGGGGAUGGAGGCUUUCACUGGGUCUGGCAGCAAUUCCUGCUCUUCUUCUUACUGUAGGUUCCAUAUUUAUAGUAGAAACUCCCAACAGCUUGAUCGAAAGGGGGCUCCUGGAAGAGGGUAAGGUUGUACUCAGAAAAAUUAGAGGAACCGACAAUGUGGACCCAGAAUUCAACGAAUUAGUAGAGGCCAGUAAAAUAGCCGCAUCAGUUAAACAUCCAUUCAGAAAUCUUCUGAAGCGCAGAAACAGGCCUCAACUGAUCAUAACAAUGUGCCUGCAAUUCUUUCAGCAGUUUACCGGUAUCAAUGCCAUUAUGUUUUAUGCUCCUGUGCUGUUUCAAACUUUGGGGUUCAAAAACGAUGCCUCACUAUACUCUUCAGUUAUUACUGGUGCUGUAAAUGUUGUGUCCACAUUAGUUUCAAUCUAUUCAGUUGAUAAAGUUGGGCGAAGAGUGCUUCUGCUCGAAGCCGGAGUGCAAAUGUUUGUUUCACAGGUGAUCAUUGGAAUUCUGUUAGCAACAGGGAUGAAAGAGGACGAAGAGAUUUCCAAGGGCAUGGCAAUUGUGAUAGUGCUUAUGGUAUGCACAUUCGUCUCAGCCUUUGCAUGGUCAUGGGGGCCUCUUGGAUGGCUCAUUCCCAGCGAAACAUUUCCACUAGAAACAAGAUCUGCUGGACAAAGUGUCACCGUGUGCGUCAACCUUCUCUUCACAUUCGUCAUUGCACAGGCAUUCCUGUCAAUGCUUUGCCAUUUCAAAUACGGGAUUUUCUUGUUUUUCGGUGGCUGGGUUUUAAUCAUGUCCACAUUCGUCCUGUUUCUCCUUCCGGAGACAAAGAAUGUGCCAAUUGAAGAAAUGAUAGAGAAAGUGUGGAGACAACACUGGCUGUGGAAGAACUAUGUGACAGAUUCUGAUCUGAUUGAUGAUGAGGACGGUGAUACCUAUGCCAAUCAAGAAAAUGGAAAAGCUAAUGGCAAGGCCUAUCACAAUUCCCAGUUAUAAUUUUAUUUUACCGCACAAUUAAUUUUCAAGUUCAACCUUCUUGCUGAACCGAUCUAUUUUUCAAUUCUGCUUUGAAUGGCUGCCUUUGCAUGUCCUGACAAGGUAUAGAGUUUGAAAUUAAGCGAGCCAAAUCUUUAAGGAAAUUCUGCUCCCCUUUCCCUUCAAAGAUAGUGAACCUCUCAGAAGGGAAACAAGUUCAGUAGCGGGAUCUUUAUUAUAUAUCUAAAAAAACGGUUCAAUAUCAGUAUUUCCAGUAUGUUGAAUUUUUUUUUCUGUAUUUUGUUUCUAUGCUUACCUAAUAUAUAAAAGUGGACUGUGGAAGAUUUCGCCACAGUGUUUUGAUUCCUUA